AUGGAUAUCCAGGAGAGACAGCCUCUCUUAAACUCAGCUCACCCCAACAUUCUAUCUCUCAGCUCUCCACAAGAAUCACUCAGUUUUAGAUCUGAGGCGGUCCCCGCAUCAUACGUCGACACUCUACCAGGGACCCCCGACAGAAAGAGUAUCAACUGGUCAAGUGCAUAUAUAUUAGUCGUUUCGCAAGUGAUUGGGAGCGGUAUCUUCGCAACACCCGGCUCAAUCGUCCGAUCUGCCGGAAGCAUAGGAUUAACACUGCUAGUAUGGCUGGUUGGGACCAUAUUAUCCGCUUGUGGGCUAGCCGUCUUCAUGGAAUUCGGAUGCAUGCUCCCUCGCUCAGGAGGACAAAAGGUGUACCUCGAGUAUACUUACCCCCGACCGCGAUUUCUCGCAUCAAGCCUGAUAACAGCCCAAGUAGUGCUCCUGGGGUUCACGGCGAGCAACUGCAUUAUCUUUUCGAAAUACACGUAUUUUGCGCUUGGAAUCGAGCCCACCGAGAUUCAGCAUAAGGUGCUGGCUGUUGGCCUCUUGACUGCCAUUACCGUUGUCCAUGGCUGUUUCUUGAAAUCGGGUAUCCUUGUACAGAACGUCCUGGGCUGGGGGAAGAUCUUCCUCAUUACCGUGAUGUCCUUGACGGGAGUCUGGGUAGUUUUUCUCGGGUUGUAUGGAGAUGAUGAUAACAUCCAUCCGGUGUCCAGAGUCGCCAGUUCGUGGUCUUGGGAUUCGACGUGGGAAGGAUCGAACUGGAGCUGGAGUCUGCUUUCGUCGGCUUUGUUCAAAGUCUACUACUCCUACGCUGGGUUGAGUAAUGUGAACAAUGUCCUGAGUGAAGUCCAUGAUCCCGUGGGAAUAGUGAAGACCGUGUGUCCGACUGCGCUCGUCACAGCGGGUGGUCUAUACUUUCUUGCGAAUCUUUCAUACUUCCUGGUCAUUCCACUCGAAGAGAUCAAGAACAGCGGAGAAUUGGUCGGCGCAUUGCUCUUCGAAAGAGUAUUUGGAGCGCACGUCGGAAAGAUCUUCUUUCCACUUGCUAUUGCCAUUUCAGCUGCCGGGAAUGUGAUGGUGGUGACCUUUGGCCUGGCACGUGUGAAUCAAGAGAUAGCCCGACAAGGCUUUCUUCCAUGGCAAAAGGUUCUAUCAUCUUCACGGCCAUUUGGGACUCCACUGGGUGGACUGAUUGUACACUACAUUCCUUCUAUGUUAGUGCUCGCCUUACCACCGCAAGGAGACGUCUAUAACUUUAUCUUGGACUUGGAGGGAUACCCUGGACAGAUGUUUGCCUUGGCACUCACUGUCGGUCUAUUAAUCGUACGACACCGGGAGCCUCAUCUACCACGACCCUUCAAAGCGUGGUUGCCGGCUGUCUGGUUACGGGUUGUGGUGUGUCUAGUCCUGCUAGUAGCACCCUUCAUCCCACCGGAGAAUUGGCGGGACCUCGAUUAUUUCUACGCCACCUAUCCACUUGUCGGGAUUGCAAUUGUGCUCUCGGGUGUUCUCUACUGGUAUGUCUGGACAGUGCUACUCCCACGAUGGGGAGGUUAUCAACUCGAGGAAGAGAAGCAGAUUUUGGCCGACGGAACUAGUAUCAUCAAGCUUGUUCAUUCAUAUAAUAAGUGA